GAGGAAGCCUGAGAUGGUUGUGAAGACUUGGAAGUGACUGAGGAUCCAGGCUGCAGGACCAGGGGCGGGGACGCGGAGGUAGCCCUGCCACACCUGGCGGGGCCCCUGGCCGCACCUGCCGGGGCGGGGCCGCGCGGCCGAGUCUCCAGGCGCGACGCGGACCUUUGCAUGCCAUUUCCCUGCCGGUCGCGAUCGCAAGGAGAUGGGGCUGCCUGUGGCCCUGCUGCUCCUGCCCGCCCUGCUGGGGCUGCUGGGGCCGGCGCUGUCCCGCAGCGCCCAGGACCCGGAUGUGGUCUGCGGAGCAUGCAGGGCCCUGAUGGACGAGGUGGAGUAUGAUGUCACCAAAGCUCGGCAGAAGAAGACCAAGGUGGGCUCCUUCCGAAUCAACCCUGACGGGACGCAGGAGAGGAGAAAGGUCCCCCUGGCCCAGUCCGAGGCAUUCCUGACCGACCUUCUGGAUAAAGUGUGCGAGCGAAUGAACGAUUACCAGCUCGAAAAAGACCCCGUAACUCAAAAGAAAACUUUCAAGAGAUAUGCGCCAAGAAAAGGAGACAAAAUAUACAAAGAAUAUAAAAAGUUCUAUUUUUAUUCUGAUGCCUACAGACCUUUGAAAUUUGCGUGCGAGACCAUAAUAGAAGAGUACGAAGAUGAGAUACUCUCGCUCAUCGCCCAGGAGGCACGCUCUCUCGCUGACAGGCUGUGCAGCAAGGAAUCAGGUCUGUGUGGAACUUCCACUAAUCAUACUGAACUCUAGGCAUGACGUGACUAUGGGUAGAGAGGAGCAGAGUCCCUGGUCAAAGGUCAACAUCUGUGCUGUGUCUGCGUGUCUCUCUUGAUGAGAAGUUUCGUCUUGUUCGUACAGAGCAUGAUUUUGUUAUGAAAAAUCUGUUGUUUGGCAUUAUAACAAACCCAAGUCUUCCUGUAGGUGAAGCUGAGGAGUUCAGAAAACCCGAGUGUCCUUGCAGAUCUGCAAGCAAUGGCCUUGGCAAUAAAGCAUUAGAUCUGGCUGUGGGAAAGAAGUGAGACCACUUCAUGAACUAAAAAGGGAUUUAAUCAUCUAUACUGUACACUUCUAGUAAAUGCAUGCGCACAUAUAUAGGCACAGUAUGCUAUUUGGUAAGAAUUUAAUACUUAAUUGGCAACAAAUUUAGGGAAACCUAUUGCAAACUAACUUAAAAUUUCGUCUUCUGAAGGGUUCUAAAUGGUAUUGAACUGAACAACCCCACUUUUAUCAGGAAUGAAAUUUAAAUGUCUGGAAACUAUAUAUUUUAAAACUUUGACUCUAAAAUUUAGUAGAAUGCAAAAAAAAAAAAAAUGGAUACUUCGACAGUGAAGGUUAUCAUACUGGUCUCUGGAGCAUGCAUUCUGGGUCCGGACAGCUGGGGAAGUGCAUUUACCAUGACAUCAUGUAUUUAAAGAUGGCGCAGUGGCCGGGUCUCAUGCCGUGAGCUCCCCAGGCUUCGUUCCUAAGGCUUUUCUGCUAACAUUCAGAGUGUGGCUUCUACUACUGAAUACCCUGUCGCUCUUCUGACAGGGAUUCUUUUUUUUUUUUGAGGUGUGGAGAUGGAAGGGGAGGUGGGAUGUAGUGGGAAAUUACCUUUUGACUCUCUUUGAUAUAAUACAAAAUGUAUGCUCUUGGGUAUUUCAUUGUCUCUGUUAAAUUUACCUCCACCAGAACCCAACUUUAUUCAGCAUGUUAGGGUGUAGUGAACACCUGUUUUAGUAAAGAAAUCUGUUGUCGUGAGAACUGAAUGGGUAGCAUGCUGCAAAUUCUGUACCAAAAAGGCUACAUUGUUGAAUAUUUUUCUAGAAAGUACACUGUUCACAUUUCAACUGGCUCUUCAGCAGGAAACAAUUCUUCAAUCUAGGAAAAUUUACCAAAACGAAGGGAAGCGGUUUCUAUUUUUCUCCCCCAUCCCCAGUCUUAUUAAAGGUCAGAUUCUUAGGUUA